AUGGCCAAAAAAUUCCGCAUCUAUUCCAGACCAUUGGAAAUAAACGUUGAUACAAUAAACACUGUAAUAAUGACAACGUUCAUCUUGCAUAACUUUUUAAGAACGAGACAAUCAGGAGACGAAGAAUAUUUUGAUAAUUUAGAGGAAGAAUAUAAUCAACAAGAUCAAAAUAUGUUAUUGCCAUUUAUUAAUGAUAGUAGAAGAGGUUCAAACGAAGCAUUUGAAAUUCGGAAAAAAUUUAUUAAUUGGUUUAUUGAAAAUCGGUUAGAAAAAUAA